GGCGUUGUCACCCCCCGCGCUGCCCCCCGGCCCUCCCCGGCGCGCGGCCCCCCCCCCCCCCCCCCCGGGCCCGGGCUCGCGACGGCCGAGGGCCCCGUCGGCCCAAUCCGAGCUGGGCGCCCGCGGCCCGGGCGCCCUCCCGCGCCGCCCCCCUCCGCACCGUCCCCGGCCCUCGACGUGGCGUCCUGCCCGCGCUUCUCUCGGCUCCCCGACCCCCUCUCCGGCCUCUCGCCCCGGCCCCCGCGCAACGCUCUCCCCCGCAGCCUGCCCUGCGCUCCCUCCCGCCCCCCCCCCGGCCCCGCGCCUCCGACGCCUCCCCCUCCACGCCCGCCCUCUCGCCUCGCCGUCCCGAAGUGGAUUAAUUAUACGCUUUCUGUUUCUCUCCGCGCUGUUCUCCCCCGCUGCGAGCCUGCCCGCCUCUCGCUGUCCCCUCUCCCUCUCGCCCUCUCUCUGGCCCCCCCCGUUUCACGUUCUCUCUGUGUCUCUCACUGUCUCUGCCCCCCUCUAUCCUUGAUACAACAGCUGACCUCAUUUCCCGAUACCCUUUCCCCCCCUAAAAGUACAACAUCUGGCCCGCCCCAGCCCGCAGACAGCCCGCCCUCCCCAGAGGAUCAGAAGAGUCCCCCCCCAAAAAAAAGCCAUCCCCCCGUUCUGCCCCGUCGCACAUUCGGCCCCCGCGACCCGGCCAGAGCGGCGCUGGCAGAGGAGUGUCCGGCAGGAGGGCCCACGCCCGCUGUUCGGUUUGCGAUUCGCAGCAGGGAGGUGGGCGGCAGCUGCGCCGGCUCCCAGAUGCCGAUGGGGGUCCCGAUGGGGAAGUCGAUGCUGGUGCUGCUCACCUUCUUGGCCUUGGCCUCGUGCUGCUUUGCUGCUUACCGCCCCAGUGAGACUCUGUGCGGCGGGGAGCUGGUGGACACCCUCCAGUUUGUCUGUGGGGACCGCGGCUUUUACUUCAGACUUCCAGGCAGGCCGGCGAGCCGCGUGAACCGCCGCAGCAGCCGUGGCAUCGUGGAAGAGUGUUGCUUCCGCAGCUGUGACCUGGCCCUUCUGGAGACCUACUGCGCCGCCCCCGCCAAGUCCGAGAGGGACGUGUCGACCCCUCCGACCGUGCUUCCGGACAACUUCCCCAGAUACCCCGUGGGCAAGUUCUUCCAAUAUGACAGCUGGAAGCAGUCGGCCCAGCGCCUGCGCAGGGGCCUGCCCGCCCUCCUGCGCGCCCGCCGGGGUCGCGUGCUCGCCAAGGAGCUCGAGGCGUUCAGAGAGGCCAAGCGUCACCGUCCCCUGAUCGUCCUGCCCACCCACGACCCCGCCGCCCACGGGGGCGCCUCUGCGGAGGCGUCCGCCAAUCAGAAGUGAGCCAAACCGUCGUAAUUCUGCAGAACGGCACCGACCACCUGGUGCUCUCCUCCUGACCGGGGACUGUUCCAUCGGGUCCCGUCUCUGACAUCUCUCGGUACCAUUUUCCCUCUGCGGGCUCCCCCACCCCCAGCCCCCAUGCCCCAACCUCCCCAUGUCAGGCUCUUUUCUCCUUGGCCCUCGCCAUCGGGCCGAGGGGGAUCCUAGUAACAUCUCUAAAAAUGUACAAACUCAAUUGGCUUUAAAUAUCCCCCCGAAACUACCCCCCAAAUUAUCCCCAAAUUACACAACAAAAACCUAAAACUAUGAACCCCCAAAUGACACACAUGCAUGCACAUCAGUCCCCUUAAAACAAAUUUGCUUUUUAGAAAACACCAGAGCAGUAAUUUGGCUUAAAAAAAAAAAAACACCCUAAACAUAUCAAUUGGCUAAAAAAAAAAAAUACUAAAACCAAAUUGGCUUAAAAAUAAUUGGCAUAAUGAAAGAAUUAGGCACCCCCCCCCUUCCAUCUCUUUCCCGGGGACCUCGAGUCAGAUUGGCCGCGGCUCGGGCCCCUGACCAUCCAGGAGAAAGGAAGGGACCCCAGAUCUGCAGUUUCGGCACGUCAUUACUUUACAGCCAGCUCCGGCCCCCUUCAGGGACAACUCUGGCCGCCCUACAACAGCACAGCCCCAGCCUCGUUCUUUGCUCUGCUUCCCAUCCUCGAAAAUCACCAUGGAGCUAGUUGGGGGUUCCCACUGAGACAGAACGAGGGGAGAACAGAACAUGAAAACCAAAAUUUGUGAAAAUAAACUUUAAUUGGCACAGACCCCAUACACCCCAAAUUCUUACAUCUCGAUCCCCACUCUAAAAAACAGGCAUACCCACAUCCAUCCCUGCAGACACUCCCUAUAUGCAUGCAUACACCCCCUCACACACGCACACACAUGCACACCCAUGCACACUCACACACGCACACACACACACAUGAACAUAUAUACUCUCAUGCAAACCCCUCACGCACAUGCGCUCACACCCCCUCACGCACAUGCACCCACACGCCCUCACAUGCACACACGCGCACACAGACGGGUGAACCCAGCACGGUGCAGAUCAGACCGCUUUCUAUUGCCCCUUCUCCAGGAAGCUGAUUGGCGAUGAGGUUUUCAUGUACUGCUCUCCCCUCUGGAUCCCUGGGAUGCGAUCCUUGGGUGGGAGAGGGUGUGUCCCAGGCCUAGGUGGGCGACCCCUCUGUCUGAGAGGAGGGAGGUGCCUUUCCCCACGACCCCCGUGGUGUGAGCCCCGAAGCCCCUAGGCCCCACUAGCAUCCAUGCCCCCUACCAUCGUGUGGAGCAAGGAACGGGUUUGGUCGGACUGGAGUGGCCUCAGCCGGAGCAAGACGUGCCCUACAAAGUAGCCUGACCCCCUGGGUGUGCUCCGUGAGAAAGACCUAGGGACCCCCAGCACACCUAGGGACCAUCCUUGCCGGCCGUCUGGGGGCCUCUCAGAAAUGGGGGCCUCUCAGAAAUGGGAGCUCCCAGGAGGCCGGCAACGAUGGUGGGGAGUGUGGGAAGUCUGGCGGUUGGAGGGGCGGGUGGGGGGCAGUGGGGGCUGGGUGGGGGGUGCUUCGGAGCAGGAGGUGGUCCUGCAGGGGUUGGAGAAGCGAGUCAGGAGUGACAAGGAGAUUUGCAGAAUUACGGAUUGAAUUAGGAGCCCAAAUUGACGCCAAUUGAUCUAUUACCCCCCUUUAAUUGGUUUCUCCUGGGGCUUUUUUCCUUUUUUUUUUUUUUUUAUCCCUCCUUAGCUUUUUAUGCGCGCACAUAUCAACUUAAUCUUACUCCCGUCCCCCGUAACAGGGGAGCAGUGACAAAGUAAUGACGCACGAAGCCACCACCACCACCUCUGCGGCCAAGCCGCCGUCCUGCUCUCCGCCAUUUAUCGUCCCGAAUCAGUUUUUGUUUUAAUCUGUCCCUGUCGCUUGGGUUGGGUGGGGAGAGUGGGGCCUCCGUGGGGGUGCCGGCCACUGCGCCCCACGGAGCAGCCGGAAGGGAAGGGAGCGGGCCGCUGCCCGGCCUGGCCUCCGGGGACGGUGGCUGGUCCCCGGAGGUCCUGAGGGGCGGAGGAGGGGCGGGGAGGUGCCUCCUCGGUGUCUGGAAGGUGCUCGGAGGCCACCAGUAUUGGGGCCCCUGGCUGGCUCGGGCCGGCCAGGGGGGAAGGGGUUGCAGGUGUGUGAGUAGAGGGGCUCCAUCGGGCUGGAGCACGUGGCCGCCUUCCUUGCACUUGGGGAGCCCUCCCCCCACCCCUCGGUGACACCUUGCCCGCCUCCUCAGCACCCUGUCUUGUCCUCAGGAAGCUCGGAGCUCCGCGGGGCAUCCUGGGGGCCAGGCAGGGUUGAGGUCCGGGAAGUGGGGAGGUCAGGAGGGUGCAGGCCCCGCAGAGCAAGAGAGCCGGCAGAAAGGUCCAUCGACUGGGGUUGCUUGGGCCCCGAGGCCCGAGGGUCUGGCGACACCGAAGCAGCCACCAUCUCGGCGCCUAGGGCUGUGUCAGGGACCCGGGCGGCUGGAGGUUUACCUCACCCCCGCUUCUGCCUCCAGUGCAGUCCCCCUGAACGACAGCCCGACUAGCAUUCUAGAGGCCUGAGGCUUCUGGGCCCCGGUGACAGGGCGGGCACGACCCUGGGGGCGGUCCGUGCCAGUCCGCCAGAGGCACAGAGGGCCCUUUGGCAGGCGUCCGGGGAAUGGGCCAUUCGGACCAUUGGAUAGAAACCCAAAGAGCCAAAUUGUUGUAAUUGGGACCCAGAUUGGCCUGAGAUCCAAAAAGACUCGGAGGCACCCUAAAUUGUCCGCCCGUCCUGCCGGACGCCCAUCCCGCCCAGUGUUACGUUCUGCCUCCUUCGGGAUGGGCGCUCCAGGGCCGCCUGCUAACGCUCCUCUGUGUCCCCCUGUGAGCAGCUCUCCGAGGGUCCUCAGCCAUCCUGACCCGGGCCCCCCAUCUGACCUCCUGAGCCCCUGCUGUGGCUGUCCAUCUUUUCUCCCUCACCCACUGUCUUCAGCAGGACCCCCUCUUGGGUCCCCCCGUGCCAUCACCUGAAGACCCCCACGCGCUGAGCACCGGAUUCAUCUCGCCUGCUGCCCUGGUCCAUCUGGCACUGGCUGGUGCCGGCCUCCACUCGACCCCUUUAACAUGCUGAUAUUUCUGGCAAAACUCAUUGCUUGGGUUUUGUCUUUAACGUUUAUCGCUUGCAAUCCCAAUAAAUCAUUCAAAUUCA